AUGCCGAGCACACAGCUAGACGAUGCCACCGCCGCGCAACAGCUUAAGCGCAAAAGAAGGGAGGCUACCGUCUACGACGCAGUAGCAGGUCGCGUCGGACCGAAUGGCUUUCUAGAUUUACCGCCAGCCAAAGCAAAAGACCGGAACACAGCGUCCUCAUCGACUCUUCCCAUUCCGCCCGAGGAGGCCCUCUUCAAGCGCAAAGACGCCCCAGCGCGGUACGAGGAAAACGAUAUUUACUUCGCCAGCCGGUACCUCGAGUCCAACCAAAUCUUGCCGGAUUCGGACUUGCUGAAGGCGAUGCACGCGUACGCCUCAGAUUAUUACUCGGAAGCUCCCGCCACUACAGCAGCGAAGGACUUCAAAUCACUGGACGAGACCUCCCUCUUGGCCAUGGGUAUCCUUAUGGAAGAAGCGGCUGCCGCUGCUCUUGACGAAACCGGUGAUCUGGCUCUGGUUGGAAGCGGUGACGAAGACCGCGUGGAUCGGACUCGGUAUUGGAAUGGCACGGCCUGGGCUAGAAGCGUAGUGAACCGGCAGCCAAAUCAGCAUACUGUCCAGAUCACCCAUGCGAGUGCGCAUGAGAAGUCACAGAAACGACGAAGUACGCGCAAGAGAAAGCGAGCUGAGUCCAACACAGCCGCGAGCGUAGCAUCCCCGACAGAGCUUCAAGCAUCGAGCGGGUCCGUGUCAGACAUGGACAGUGGUGGUGGUUAG